AUGUCGUCGAUGAUCAAAGGGAUCCUGAGUCUCGAGAGCGCGGAGAUCGCGAUCAACGAGGGCAUCGACGGGAUCAUCGUCUCCAACCACAUCUUCCACGAGGCACACGCGGAUGCGGGGCGAUUCGAAGUGACGGCCACCGCGUCCCGUUCGUCCAAGCAUGCCCUUGUCCACCACUGGUCCUUCACGCGCAUCCAGCACUCGCGCUCUCCCGCGCGCGAGCUUCGAAAUCACAGUCGAUCCACCUCGCAGACCAAACCACCGGGGCCGUACAUGGAGAUGCUCCUCUUCUGGCUGUGUGGCCCGCUCGGCCAGCAUCCGGACGGCACGGCCGUGUUCGCCGCGCCCAUGGUCGCGCUCCAAGACCUCGGCUUCUUCGCGUGCUACGCUUUCGACCACCGCUCGGGGCGCGACCUCGAGGUCGCGUCCGCGGGGUUCGGCUGGGCGGAGCUCGCGGCGACGUACGCGCGCGUGACGGGGUGCCGCGCGGAGUACCUCCCGCUCUCGGUCGACGAGUGGAUCGGGGUGUGA